AUGCGCGUGGCCUCGUUGUUCCUCGUCGCGAUCGCAGCUGCUUUGUGCGCGAUCAGCGCCGAAGCGACUCAAGAGGCGGCAGCGAUCAGCAAUGCCGCUCCCAGCAAGCGGUUCCUGGCCGUGUUUGGCGAGGUGCAGCGCGCCGAUGGUUUGGCCGAGAUCUUGGGCAACUCGAUUGAGACCCACAACAAGAUUCGAGAGCUCCUCGUGCGGUGGUGCAUGGAGGACCACGGCUCUGAAAAUAGCAGCAAGAGUAUCCUCAAGAGGAACAAGAGGAACAAGUUGAGGGUGAAGCACGACCCUCUGAAGCGCGCCGCGUCGAAGAUGUACGCGAGACUGACGCACCACCCAACGAGUCGGAACCUACGCGAAGCGAGCAUUGACUGUAAAUAUUUGGACGCCUGA